UGUAAACAAAAAGAUGAUAACAUCACAACAGUGACUCACUUUCUUGUCCUUGUCAUUUGAAGGAUCCCAUCUCUACUUGAAAACUGAAAUUUUGUAAACGAGUGUUUGCAAAGUUUGCGUCCAAGGUGCCUUAAAUAAAUCAGGAAAAACCUUAGUGAAUUGGAAGAAAUUUCUCCCUACAAAAAUGAACUUUUUCUCGAAGCCAACUUUAAAAGAGGAGAUGCGGGAAAAUGAUAAAGUGCUCAGACAAGUUGGUCGCAGCCUUGAUAGAGAUAAGAACCAAUUAGACAGGGAGGAAAAUAAAUUGAAAGCAGACAUAAAGAAAGCAGCCCAGUCUGGUGACAAAACAACUUGCACAAUUCUCGCUAAGCAGCUGGUCCAGUUGAGGAAGCAAAAGCAGAAAAGCAUGCAUGCCAAGGGCAAGGUGAUGUCAGUCGGAGUACACGCUAAAACCAUGGCCGCUAAUAUAAAAGUGGCAGGUGCUUUGAAGACUACAACGAAAACCAUGAGCAGUAUGAACAGGGUGAUGAACCCCCAGAAAAUCGCGGAGGACGUGAGGGAAUUUGAAAAGAACGCGAUGAAAAUGGGAAUGACUGAUGAAUUAGUUAAUGACACUCUGGAUGACAUACUUGCUGGAUCAGAUGAGGAAGAGGAGUCAGACAAGAUUGUCACUCAGGUUCUGGAUGAGAUCGGAAUUGAGAUGUCUGGCAAGAUUUCUCGUGCUCCUGCUGCCCCGCAACACGACAUUGGCGCCAGCAAAUUGCCCACAGCUGAUGAAUUGGAAGCCCAGCUGUCCAAACUGCGGAGCUGAGGGCUUUAACCUUUUUUUGCCAGGCUGUGUCCAUGUAAUUAUUAUAUUAUUUCCAGUUAAAUCCUACCGCACUAUUAUGUUGUAUUAUUUUAAAUAUCUAAAUUAAAGGUAAAUUGUAGA